CCCUGCGCCCGCCGGCAGCGCCCUGCGCCCCGCGUCCGGCGGCGCGGCUGCGUCACUCAGGAGCGCACUUCAGGCAGGGGCCGCGGGGCCGGCCCGCCGCGGAGAUUCUGGCACUCUCCCGCCGCCAUGGCAACGGCCGCAGAUCUGCCGGUGCCGCGCCGCGGCGACGCUGCGAUCUCUCCCCAGCGUCCUCAGCAAGCCGGCACUCCGCAGCCUUGCCAGCUCCGUGAGGAGCCCUGAGAUCAGCGGGUUUCUCCGAGCGAGCUUGUCCGAGUGGCUGCACCGCGGGAAGCCCCGCUCCGAGAAUGCGACCCAGCGGUCAUGUGGCAGCAUGCUGAAGGCUAUGGUCAUUUAGCAGGGAAGUGGAACUGAAAUGCACCGCAGAAAGAAAUCCAGUAUGAUGGAUGCAGAAGGGGACUGCAAGGAGCCCCUCAGCAGCGACACAGCUGCUGCCUCUGGGAAGCAUUACCUCUGCGGUUACUGUGCAGCCUUCACCAACAUCGCUGUCACCUUCCCCAUCCAGAAGGUGCUCUUCCGGCAGCAGCUCUACGGCCUGAGGACAAAGGACGCAGUGCAGCAGCUGCAGAAGGAUGGGAUCCGAAACCUCUACCGCGGCAUCCUGCCCCCCCUGAUGCAGAAGACCACCACGUUGGCUCUCAUGUUUGGCCUGUACGAGGAUUUUUCCUGCCUGCUCCUCAGCCACACUAGCUGCCCUGAGCUGCUGACACGCAGCAUGGCGGCAGUGCUGGCCGGGACCACGGAAGCUCUGCUGACGCCGUUCGAGCGGGUGCAGACUUUGCUCCAGGACUACAAGCACCAUGACAAGUUCACAAACACUUACCAGGCUUUCAAGGUGCUGAAGGCCUAUGGGAUGCGGGAGUACUACCGGGGAUUGGUGCCCAUUCUGCUCCGGAACGGGCCCAGCAAUGUGCUCUUCUUCGGCCUGCGGGGACCCAUCAAGCAAUGUCUGCCAGAGGCCACCUCCUACAGCGCUCACUUGGUCAAUGACUUCAUCUGCGGAGGGCUCCUGGGUGCCAUGCUGGGGUUCCUGUUCUUCCCAGUGAAUGUCGUCAAGACCCGCAUGCAGGCUCAGAUUGGGGGUGAGUUCCAGUCCUUCCCCAAGGUUUUCCUCAAGAUCUGGCUGGAGCGUGACCGGAAGCUGAUCCACCUCUUCAGAGGAGCCCACCUGAACUACCACCGCUCCGUGCUGUCCUGGGGCAUAAUCAAUGCCACCUAUGAGUUCCUGCUGAAGCUGCUGUGAGCUGCCUGCCUGCCUGCAGCUCUGCUGCUCAUUGGGGAUUGGCACGUGCAGUGUCACUGCAUCCAGGGAGCAGUGCCUGCCCGCUGCCACGGGCCACUGGCCUUUGGUGUUUAUGGGGUGACAGGUGAUGCACCCAGACCUUGGUGCAAUUCAGAUCAACAUUUAUAGGUAUUUAUUUGCUGGCAGGUGAGUUUACCCAUCACGGAGCUACUAGGCAAAUAAACUUCUCUUGAUCCAGCAGCCAAUUCUGUAUCACUCCCAAAGCCUCUCAGUGCUCCAUGAUGGAAUGUGCUCCCUUGCUCACGUUGUAGAACGUGAAAAUCGAGGGGAUGAUGAAAAUCAAUUCCCUUGCCUCACAGACUUCAGAAUGCUAAUUUAAGAACUUCAUUUUCCAAUGUUUUAAGGUCGUAGGUACUCCUUACUAUUUAAAGCCAAAAGGACGUAUCCAUAUGGGGAUGACUGAAGUUUAGAACUUCAAGCUUAAGCUAAGCCUACACAGAGUCUUCUGGCAGCUGCUCUGCGGCUGGCUGUGACUGUUUCAUUCAGCACUGUGAGGGUGGUCACUGAGUGCUCAAGAGCUGCAGUGUGAGCUGGCUGCCGCUCACCUGGGUUCUCCGUGUGUGCACUGUGUGCCUUCAUGUGGAAAGGGAAGAGCUGAAGGAAUGAAACAGUGAUUUUACUAAAGCUUUAAAGUGUCCUUCCGUGUUAAAAACCAUUCUGCUUGUGAACAUGGAGUAUGUUCUGCUUUUUUCUUUAGACUUUUUUUAUUUGUUUGGUUUUGCAUUGCUGCUUUUUCUGUGGCUCUCAGCUUUGGGGUCAAGAAGAAAAUGGCCCUUAAAUAGCUCUGCUUCUGCAAAGGUGGCUCACAAUCACAGCUCUUCUGUGCUGAGGGAUCUUGUGUUUUGCAAACACUUUUGUUUCAUUUGGCUGUGGAAUCAUGGAUCACAACAAGAUAUUUUUACCUGGAACUUGUCUUUCUCCCUGCUUGAUGUGUGCUCCACAGUCUCAUCAGACAGGCUGCACAGUAGCACUGAUCAGGGAAUUUCUGGGUGUUGCCCACUUCAGUGAAGGUCUGUGAGGGUAGCAGAGACGGCAGCCAAAGGUGACCUCAGAGACAGCUGGGCAGGACAGAUGCAGCCUUCGAAGAUGUGUUUAAGGACUUCUGUAGGUAUUGAAAAAGCUAUGCAGAAAUAGCUGUCUUACAGACCUGGGAGCUGAGAAAUACAGGACUUCAGGCUUAGAGAGGGGAGCAGAAGAGAAAGCAUGACUGUAAACCCAGUGAGGGUCUUAAAAAAAGCAGCAGCUGAUUCUCUUGGGGCUUUAUGUUAUGAAAACAAGAUCUUUUGUAUGAUGUGGGUCAGGAAAGCUUCCAGCAACUGGUCUGAGUUGGCUCUUUUCCUAGGUUCUGGAGUGGCUGUUACUGCUCUUAAAAUUUGAGUGUUUCAUUUGCUAACCUCUCCUCAGACAUCGAUUCUGAUCAUUGUGUUGCAAGCACAGUCCCUAGCUUCCAGUCAAAGCCAGCCAGGCACAAGUGAGCUUUCUUGUAUCUUGAUUGUUGUGGUGAUCUGCAUUGAAAUAAAACGUUUGCUUGGUGUUUGUUACUGGCAGGAUCUGAUUUUUACCAGUGAACUGUUUUUUGUAAUCACUCCGUGAUGGAAUAAAACCAGAAAUUGCA